UACAGUUGUAGCUGAAGAAAAAGUGAUCUACAUGUGCUUCGCUAUCCAUUGGAAGAAUGACAGAUGACAAAGAUGUGCUUCGAGAUGUGUGGUUCGGACGAAUACCAACGUGUUUCACUCUGUAUCAGGAUGAGAUAACUGAAAGGGAGGCUGAACCUUACUAUUUGCUUUUGCCAAGGAUAAGCUACUUGACACUGGUAACAGACAAAGUGAAGAAACACUUUCAGAAAGUUAUGAGACAAGAGGAAGUUAGUGAAAUAUGGUUUGAAUAUGAAGGUACACCACUGAAAUGGCAUUACCCGAUUGGUUUGCUGUUUGAUCUCCAUGCAUCAAAUACAGCCCUUCCUUGGAGCAUCACAGUGCAUUUCAAGAAUUUUCCAGAAAAGGAUCUUCUACACUGCCAUUCUAAGGAUGUGAUUGAAGCUCAUUUUAUGGCUUGUAUAAAAGAAGCAGAUGCUUUAAAGCACAAAAGUCAAGUCAUCAAUGAAAUGCAAAAAAAGGAUCAUAAGCAACUGUGGAUGGGAUUACAGAAUGAUAAAUUUGAGCAGUUUUGGGCAAUAAAUCGAAAACUCAUGGAGUAUCCUCCAGAAGAUAGUGGAUUUCGAUACAUCCCAUUUAGAAUUUAUCAGGUAGGAGACAAAUGA